AUGCACCCAAGCUUCCUCUCGGUCUCGGCCAUGAGAGCCAACGACAUGGACCGCCUCUUUGCGCUACUCGAGGAAGACCGAACACGAUUCUACGGCAUGACCGUUAAAGGAAACACCAUACUCCACAUCGCCGCAAGCCUCGGCAACGGCUGGCUCAUCGUCGAGGCGUACAAUAACUCCGAAUGGGACCUCCUGCUGCACCAGAACUUAAAAGGCGACACGAUCCUCCACUGCGCGGCUCGUGCAGGGCACGACCGCAUCCUAUCAUUGUUGAUCGAUCAUGAAGAAUUACGGCAUAUGACGGGAAUGCAGAACCGGCGCGGGGAUAGUGCUCUGCACGAAGCUGCACGCGGCGGCCAUGCCAAAGUUGUCCGACAGCUUUUAGCUGUUGGAGAGAAUAUGGCCUCGAUGAUUAACGGAGAUGGAGAGUCGCCACUUUAUCUAGCAGCGGUGAGGGGCUCACUGGAGAUUGUGGAAAUGUUGCUCGGAUGCGUGGUGGUGGAUUAUAGAGGACCUCGAGGGCAAACUGCUCUGCAUGCUGCCCUAAUUGCUGUAAAGUCUUCAGAUGCUGUGAAGAUGUUACUCGACAAAAUGCCGGAACUAAACCUAAAAAUGGAUAACUCCCUAAGCUCCCCCAUUCACUAUGCCGCUUCCCUUGGAGAUGUAAACAUGGUGCGUCUUCUGCUACAAGCGGACGCUACAAUAGCUCAUCUCUUGGACGACCAUGGCCUCUCAGCCAUACACAUCGCAGCAAGCAAGGACUAUGCCAAUGUUAUUGAUGAGAUACUCCACCGUUGCCCUGAUGCCAAUGAGCUCACUGAUAUUAAUGGCAACAAUUUUAUUCAUGUUGCCGCAAAGAAGAGAGCGACAACAGUGGUGAAACAAGUUCUUAGUAAUCCUUUGCUCAGACAGAGCACAAAUGAGAUAAAUCAUCAGGGAAACACACCAUUACAUCUGGCUGCAAUGAACUGCAACCGGGAAAUCGUCCACCUUCUGUUGUCAUAUAGCAGAGUCGACACAAAUGUUAUAAACCGCAAGGGUCUCACUCCCCUUGAUAUAGCCUCAUCGUGUGCUAACUCCAAUAUUCGCCUCAGGAUGAAGAAUAUGUGUGAAGAAUUGACCUCUGCUGGUUCCAAGUUUGGUGCUCACCGAAUGGACAUCUUGAUGGGUAAGGAUCAACGAAGACCAGAAGAAGAGCUUAACCGAUAUAGAACACUGGCAAGUAACAUGGCAAUAGUGGCAGUACUCAUUACAACAGUUACAUUUGCAGCUGCUUUUACCUUGCCUGGAGGUUACAUCAAUGAUGACAGUUACCAGGAAGAAGGCAUGGCGAUUCUUGCCAAGAAGUUAGCUUUCAAGCUGUUUCUUAUCUCUGACACCAUUUCAAUGCUAAGCUCUAUUUGCGUUACCUGCUUGUUAAUUUGCUCUAGUUCUCUAGAUCAUGACAUAAGAUUGCACUCCAUCAUGACGGCCAUGAAGUUCAUGUGGGUUGCACUAGGAGGGAUGUUGGUAGCGUUCUCCAUGGGAAUCUAUGUGGUCUUGGUCUCAAAAUGCAGAUGGUUGGCUAUUUUUAUUUGUGGAAUGGUUGCUUGCGUUCCCUUCAUGGCUUGUAAGACAGCUUUUUUGCCAACUUUUGGUUUUAUUAAGCUGGUGCUGAAUGACAGAAAUCAAACGAGCAUAAAAAUAGAAACUUCAAUCUUCAAGGUUAACAUGCACAUGCCCCAUUGGAUGGUGGUUGAUUUUGUCACACCUGCUAGUUCAGCAAAAUGUGGGGAACCUCCUCUAUAG